AUGUUGUGCGGCGAACUCCUGAACGGCGGCUUCGUCAGUACCGGAGCGGUACCGGUGGUUCCUUACGGUCUCUUAGGAUUCUGUCUGCCCGGUUGUCUACGUGCUACCAGCUCUAGUUUUCUCACAUCGUCUUACCUGACCCUGUUGGCCGAACUUCUGGCCACGGGCCACCUGGAUAUCAGAAACGAGCUGAUGGACCUCGCGAAGAGGAGCCAUCAGGCUCCGAGCAAUGGCGCUGUCGACCUUGACCUGGACAUGCACGCCGACGAUAUCGACGAGAAUGUCUUCCUCGAAAACGGUCUGCUCUCCUUCGAGAAUCCCAACUAUCACUUAGACCCAGCUCGUCUGGACGAUGCUCUGAACAGCAACGAGAACGGCAGCUCCCUGUACGAUGAAUUGUACCAAGAAUUGGUCGGGAACGGUGGCAGGAGCGGCGAAGUGACUGGCGGCGGAGGGGGCGGUGGCACGAGGGUGCAAGCACGCAGAACAUACGCCACGUUGGAUCUGGGCAGCAUGGGGGUCGACGUCACUCAAGGUCCCCUCACCCAGGACUCCGUGACAGAGGACGCGCCGGACAACACCGACAACCAUAACCUAGGGUACCACAGCGAGGGUGUUGCGGAGUCCGCUUUGGUCGACGACACCCUCAACGGAAAUCCUCGAUCUUCGUCGUCGUCGUCGUCUUCCUCGAUUCUGCCUCCCGUUCAGUCAGCAUCCGCGGACACGGUCGACGCAGCGAAUCUAUCCAAUUCGAGAAAUUAUUGCGAGAAACCGGAUAACGAAACGACAGAGAUGGGCGGCGUUCCGCACGUCGAGGGUGGACUGAACAGCGAGCUGUACGCUGUCCCGGUGAAACGGAGACAGCCCAAGGAUCAGAAGAACAAUGCCACUCUGCAGAACAAUGCCCAAGAGAAACCAACGGAGGUGGAUACCACGGACUCCGAGGACAAAGAUGAGAAUCUGCCGCCCGGAUGGCAGAAACACGAGGACGAGAACGGUCCUUAUUAUUGGCACGUUAAGAGCGGUAAUAUUCAAAGAGAGCCACCUGAAGCACCACCGCACACCAAGAGCCAGUCACGUAGGAGUCUGAUCAAAGACAACGAUAGCAUAAACAACUUCCACACUCUGAGCGGCAUGGUGAACACCGUGACCCGUAGCAACACUAGCUCAGCCCUGGACCAAGAGCUCGAGAACAAGAGGAAAGUGGAUCUAGCUCUCAAGCGAAGAAGCUACCCCGCACGAGCUGACUCCGAGGGCAGGGACAAACCUAUCAGAUUCGCCGUGCGCUCCCUUGGAUGGACGGAGAUCGCUGAAGAGGAUCUGACGCCUGAAAGAAGCAGCAAGGCUGUAAACAAGUGCAUCGUCGAUUUAUCUCUGGGUAGAAAUGAUCUUCUGGACGUUGUCGGCCGAUGGGGUGACGGUAAAGAUUUGUUCAUGGAUCUAGACGAAGGCGCCUUGAAACUGAUCGACCCGGAGAAUCUAACUGUUCUCAACACACAGCCAAUUCACACGGUGAGGGUAUGGGGUGUUGGCAGAGAUCACUGCCGUGAAAGGGACUUCGCUUACGUGGCAAGAGACAGGUCGACCCGAAAACACAUGUGCCACGUGUUCCGUUGCGACAUCCCGGCGCGCACGAUCGCGAACACGCUCCGCGACAUUUGCAAGAAGAUCAUGAUCGAACGAUCGCAACACCAGAACCUCGCGAAACCGGUGGACAUCAAUGGACGAACGAGCCUCGCUACGAGACCGACUAACCUGCCGACAGAGCAUCGACGCUUCCAUAGAAACGGACAAGCACUAGUCACGCAAUCUUUCCCAACGCCGAUGGAAGAGCCGAAGAAGGUUCUGCGUGCACAAUAUCUCGGAUCGAUGCAGGUCUCUCAGGCGACUGGCAUGGAAGUACUGAACGACGCGAUAGAUCACAUAGUGGCCAACACGCCGAUCAAUCAAUGGCGAAACGUGAACGUUGCAGUCGCACCCAGUAUGAUUUCCAUCCUUACACCGAACGAGGAUAAACUUAUUACCGAAUGUCGAGUACGUUAUCUGUCGUUUCUCGGCAUUGGCCGCAACGUGAAACAGUGCGCUUUUAUAAUGCACACCGCGCAAGAUCUAUUCAUCGCACACGUCUUCAACUGCGAGCCUAGCAGCGGAGCCCUUUGCAAAACCAUAGAAGCUGCUUGCAAGCUAAGGUACCAGAAAUGCUUAGACGCACACCCGCAGGGGUUUAGAAACGCCAGCAGCCUGAAUACUCCCAGCGGAAAAGGCAUUGGCGCCACCUUGAAAUCUCUGGUUGGCUCUCUGACUGGACGUAGGAACAAGCAGGGAACUCUGGCCGCUGCCUGCUGAGCGAGAGGUGAUCAGACAUAGACAUCUGCAGUCGCCACUGACCUUGAAAUACUUUAGCGGAUCGCCACCGAGCGCGUCUCUCAGGUCACUCCUUUCGCCCUCUCUGGACAACAGGCGUAUUCAGCUGGCCCGUUGGGAAAGCAAUCCUUAAGAGGAACGUAGCCGCAGGUGAAGUUAACUCUCGAGGAAGAGCAAGAGGAGGAACGACAAGAAGAAGAGGAAAAAGGAGAAGCUGAAGAAGAAGAAG